GUUUCAAUAAGUAUAUAUAAACCUCUGGUAACAUACAUGAGUAACAGUUUUCUUCUACAAUGUUUAGAAAAUUAAUCAUUGCUACUUUCGUAUUGAGUUUGUGCGAUUUAGCAAAUUCUGUAACCAUAUGUUCAUCUAGCAGUCUGUUAUCCACAUUUACAGAUCCACUAUGCACAUCUUGGUGUAAAGUUAGAUUUUGCUCGUCUGGAUCCUGUCGUAGCGUGAUGAGUGGUAGCGACCCAACAUGUGAAUGCGAAUCGUGUGGUUUUGGAAGUUGGUUCGGUUCAUCAAGCGAUUCGAACAGCAAUCAGCCAGUCAGCGGACAGUAUUAUGCUGGUGGAUCCGGCGGAGAAAUGGCCACACCCAACUAUGGAAACAAUAAUGGGUAUAAUAAUGGGUACAACAACGGUAACAAUAUGAGAUACAACGAUAAUAAUGGAUACAACACCAAUAAUGGUUACCGUGGUCAACCAACUCCAGGAUAUGGAAAUAGCAACAGUAAUUUCAACUCGAAUCAACAAUACUCUUAUCAGCAGUAUUAUAACAAUAGAAAUAAUCAAUAUGGAAAUUCGGGAUACGGAAAUGCAGGACAAGCAGGACAAACCGGAUAUCCAUCUGGGUAUCAGAAUUUGAAGAAAAAACGUUAAAAUUUGUGAAUAAAUUAACAUUGUUUUUCGAUAAUAAAGCUAUCUAUAAAGCUCU